AAACGCUUGAAUGUCUCGCUUCCUGUGCUCUGUAUGUGGGUAGUAGGCCUUGAUAUGCGAUCAUCAGCCAUUAGUAUCACCAGAGAUUAUGGCCUUCUCCAAUUACCUUUAGGUCAGCCAGUCUUGGUUCACUUUCCAUCGGCAGCUUAGCUAGACAAUGGAAUAUUUGAAAACGGGAUCCGUUCAAAGUGGGAUCUAUCUAUCUCGAGUUUCCUUUCAUGAAAUCGGUAGUAACCAUGACCAAUCAUCACGAAUCAGUGUGCCAAGAACAUGGGUGCCUUCAGGCUUACUCGACACUGGAAUAGCUACUUGGUGAGCCCAAACAAUCCGGGCUGGGAUCGAACUUCGUCCCUCACCAUGGCCUCUACGUACAAGUCUUUGUUAUGGUUGGUCAAUGUACUGGUGGUAAUGUUGGUGGCCUUGCCCGUUCUCAUCUUCAAAUUGGUGGGAGUUCCUUACAAGCGAGGCUUCUUCUGUGAUGACGAGACCAUCAGUCAUCCGUACCUAGCAUCCACCAUCGGCAAUUCCAUCCUCUAUGGUGUUGGAUUUGGCGUACCGCUGCUCGUGAUUGUGGUCGUGGAGACGUUCAUUCGCGGAAUUUCCGGGCCAAAAUCCGAUGUUAUUUUUGGGAAAGAAAUCCCAAACCAUGUUGUGUCCAUCAUCAGGCUCAUCAUCGGCUACCUUUUUGGAACUGCUUGCUCUCAGACGCUGACCGAUAUUUGCAAGUACUCUAUUGGGCGACUUCGACCUCAUUUCUUUGAUAUCUGUCGACCCGAUUGGAAUUUGAUUGACUGUGGCACGGACAUUCGACCCAAAUUCGUCACCAACUACACCUGCUUGGGCAAUCCAGAGUUAUUCCCGGAUGCAGUCGAAUCCGAGGAUCGAGUUUUGGAUUCUCAUCUGAGCUUUUGUUCCGGGCAUGCCAGCUUCUCGUUCCAAGCCAUGAUAUUUGUGAUUUUGUACUUACAAGCACGAUUACUCCGCCGAGACCGUCCCAACCAGACCAUCCUGGUCCAUGCCCUCCAAUUUGCGGCGUUUAUGUACGCGUUCUUCACUGCUCUCUCGAGGAUCAGUGACUACAAACAUCAUCCCGGCGAUGUUCUCUUCGGCAGCAUCUUGGGUACCUCCGCUCAGAUGGUCAAUGUUAUUUUCUUCAUGAAACUCUUUACCAAGGAGCCUUUGGAGCCAAUCACGGAUGAUGAACAGAAAAAACUUACCAAGGUCCACGGAGCAAGCUACAACACGAAUUCAAGUUUCUAAACAAGCAAGCCAGAAGUUUGACUACAUACAUACAUACAGUACUAGCGAAAAAACAUUGGAACAGAUGUUCGAAAUUACUUUCGAAGUACACGCGGUAAAUGAA